AUGUUCAACAACAGCUCAGACUCGUGGCUUGUCACAGAGAAGACGCUUGUUCCUGAGAUGCCAAACUUACUGUCCUGUUAUCGGUGGUACUUACGAGACAAGACUGUAUCCAACGCGCAAGCGAACGAAGCCUGCUCCAAACACGUAGACCUCGUGAGGCUGGGAACCGGCACGGACAUUGUCUUUUGGCUGUUGGGAAUUCUCAUCAUCACCGCCAAUGUCGUUGUACUCUGGGGAAUCAUCGUAACCCGAAAACUCAGCAAAACUGUCUCUUUGCUGUUGGCGAAUCUGGCAACCACGGACCUCUUUGCAGGUGUUGUACUUUUGUAUCGCACUGUGGGUCACCUCCUGCAUAGUGCUAUGUAUAAAGUCAUCCUGACUUUUGUCGAUCUAACAACACUAACUCAGCUAUUGUCUGCAUCAGCACUAUCCUUGUUGUCUGUAUACAGUUACGUUGCUAUUAGGCAUCCUAUUUUCUUCCGCAUCCAUGCUGGCAGUGCAGAAAGAUAUGUAGGUAUUGUUCUUGCCUGUACUUGGGUUAGUUUUAGCUUACUUACCCUAUCGCCUAACAUGGGCUGGAACUGUAUAGAUAUGCAUAUUUUAACAACAGGCACGUGUAUUGUAUAUUACCCUGUGGCUUUUGUCAUUAUCUGUGCAUCAAUGCUGUUAUUUCUGUGCGGUGUCAUGUUGUUUACAAAUAUUUCUACAUUCAUCGCUAUCAAAGGGCGACGUAAAAAGAGAUUUGGGAAGCAAGUGGCACCUCAGGUAAUAACAGUAACGGCUGUAAAUCAGCAUCGUAUCAAUGCACAAGAUGAGGCACGUAGGAAAUUUCAAAGAACCUUGCACAGGGCAAGGACUGUUAUGAUUCACGUGGUUGUGGCGUUUGUAUUUUGGCUGCUAUCCAGCCUAUUCGUUGCGGUUUGCUUGGUUAUUCCGAAUAUGCGUCUGGGUGCGUUUGCCUGCAUGUGUGCCAACUCAUUCAUCAACCCAAUAGCGACUUUAGUCCGUACACCAGAUUUAAGGCAGGGAAUCUGGCAAAAACUGACGAGAUCUCACCGGAUAGCUGCCUCGGGGUUCAUGAGAAACCGGACAAUCGAGGACGAAGUACAAAGUGGGCCCGGGAACGCACCAUCUUCACAGGACCCUACGCAGAAAAGCUUGCAUGCUAUGAAAGAACUACCGCAGACAUUGAAAAAAUGUGACUGGGAGAUCUAUGAUGACGACCUUGAGACGGCUGGGCUAGAAGAAACAUCUUCCAAAAGACAGACUGAAACAAAAUUAACCAAACUGAAAACGGAAAACCUUGAACAGGGCAGAAAUGAACAACGGCAAGUAGCAAUUGUUCAUAUCUGA